UUUUUUUUUUUUUUUUUUUUUUUUUUUAAACAAUGUCUAAUUUAAAGAUUCUUGUUGGUUGUAAAAGAGUAAUAGAUUUUGCAGUAAAAGUUCGAGUUAAUUCAGCGAAAAAGGCUGUAGAGACAGCGAAUAUAAAACAUUCUCUAAAUCCAUUUGAUGAAAUCGCGGUAGAAGAAGCAUUAAGAUUGAGAGAAAAGUUAGGCAAUAAUGUAAUAAAAGAAGUUAUUGCUUUAACUUGUGGUCCACCAAAAGCUCAAGAGCAGCUUAGAACAGCUUUAGCUAUGGGAGCGGAUAGAGCUAUACAUGUUGAAGUGGGUAAAGAUGAUAAUGACGUAGCAAAUAUUUUACAGCCGUUGGCUGUUGCUAAAUUAUUUAAAGCUAUAGUUGAAAAAGAACAACCAAGUUUAGUUAUUUUUGGUAAACAAGCUAUUGAUGAUGACGCUAGUCAAACUGGUCAAAUGUUAGCUGGUCUCCUGAAUUGGCCUCAGGCAACCUUUGCGUCAAAAGUUGAGUUAAAUGGCGACAAACUUACAGUAACACGUGAAGUUGAUGGUGGUCUGGAAACCAUUAGUAGCAAAUUACCAGCUGUUGUGACUACCGAUUUAAGAUUGAAUGAACCUAGAUUUGCCACCCUCCCUAAUAUUAUGAAAGCAAAGAAAAAACCUUUAGUCAAAUUUACACCUGAUCAAUUAAGUGUUGAUAUUACUCCAAGAUUAGAAACUAUUUCUGUAGUAGAACCACCAGCUAGGCAAGGUGGAUCUAAAGUAGGAACUGUAGAUGAAUUAAUUUCUAAAUUGAAAGAGGCCGGAGCUCUUUAAAUCACCAAUCUUCCGGAUUAUGAUAUUCAUUCUUUGGUAAAUUAGUUAUGGGAUCAUUGACUUCGGGUUCAAGAAUUGU